CUAGGUUAGAACUCCAAUAUGAGGAUAAUAAUAUUAUUCAACAUCACCGUUAUUAUUCACGUCUAUGUCACACUGUUUCUAUAGACCUAUAGGCUUUUUGGGACACAUGCAAAUUCACAGAAUCUCAUGCAGUCACGUUCCCUCAAGGAAUACAACUGACCUCGAUCUGCUGUCUAACAACCAUUAACACCUCAGUUAAGAAUUGUGAUGCUCCUGUAGUGUUGUAAAACGUGUGCAGGAGUAGCAGGUGAAACUUCAGAGGUAUAAAAUUAACUACUGCGCUGAGCAGCGGAUUUGGAGCCGGUGGCCACCACAUCAGAACCACUUGGCCCUUUGGAGUUGUUUUAUAGGACAAUAACGGCACUCAAUAAUUUCCCAAUAACUGUUCGAAUAACUUUUAAAAAACUUUUGCAAGCCUUGUUCUUAGACUUUGCUACAGCAGUUUAAAGACUACUAACACUUGCCUACUGUUCCUCUCAGACUCACCGAUAUGGGUUUUGCGGACCUCUUGGAUGACGUUGGCGGGUUCGGACGUUUUCAAUGGAUCCAUGUUACCUUGUUAUCUAUCCCUGGUCUACUGAUGGCAAGCCAGAAUCUAUUGAAUAAUUUCACAGCUGGUAUGCCUGGACAUCACUGUACCAUACCCAAUAGAACUUCUAUUGCCAGUAGUCAAAACAUCUCUCAAUCAGAAGUGGAUGACAGAGAGCUCCUUCGCGCCUUUAUCCCGAUGGAUGCCAGCGGGACCAAAUUGUCCAAGUGUACGAGGUAUGUCGAGGCGCAGUGGCAUCUCCUUGAAAGCAACGUUAGCGUCAUUGGACAUCAGGCUAACUUUUCAGAGCUUGAGACAGAGAUAUGUCUGGAUGGCUGGACCUAUGACAAAUCAGAAUUUCUGUCCACUGUUGUCUCAGAGUGGGACUUGGUCUGUACCCUCCGUCCUAUGAAACAGAUGAGCCAGACUAUUUAUAUGGGUGGGGUCCUGGCAGGGGCUGUCAUAUUUGGAGGGCUGUCAGACAGAUUUGGGCGAAAGGCCUUGUUGAUCUGGUCCUAUUUUCAGCUCGCCACGCUGGGUACCUGUACAGCCUUCUCACCUUCCUUCAUGACCUACUGCAUCUUCCGCUUCAUGACAGGCAUGGCCGUAUCUGGGGUGAUCCUCAACACAGUCUCUCUCAAGGUGGAGUGGAUUCCCACCAUGUCCCGCACUCUAGUGGGCACCCUCUCGUCCUUCUUCUUCACCUUCGGCCAGAUGGUCCUGGCGGGCAUCGCCCACAGCCUCAGGGACUGGCGCAAGCUGCAGAUGGCUGUCUGCGCUCCCUUCUUCCUCUUCUUCCUCUAUAGCUGGUGGUACUCUGAGUCUGCCCGCUGGCUAGUGCUAAAUCGCAGGUCUGACGAGGCCCUGAAACACAUCCACCGUGUGGCCAGGAUCAACCGCAAACCUGAGAUGGUAGAGAAGAUCACCCUGGAGGUUCUGGAAUGUCACAUGCACAAAGAGGUCCAGUCGAGUAAGACCACCCACACAGCAUACGACUUGAUACGCACCACAGUGAUGAGAAGAAUAUCUCUCUGUCUUAUGGUUGUUUGGUUCUCUACCAGUUUUGCCUACUACGGCCUAGCAAUGGACCUGCAGAAGUUUGGGGUGAACAUCUACCUGAUCCAGGUCAUCUUUGGGCUGGUGGACUUCCCCGCCAAGCUGGUGGCUCUGGGGAGUCUUACCUUUCUGGGUCGGAGGAUCACUCAGGGAACAUGUCUCCUCAUGUCUGCCUUGAUGAUAUUCACCAACAUCUUCGUCCCCACAGACAUGCAAUCUAUUAGGACUACUCUGGCUUGUCUGGGGAAGGCCUUCACCUCUGCAUCCUUCACCUGUAUUUAUCUGUUUACUGGAGAGCUUUACCCCACCGUCAUCAGACAGACAGGAAUGGGAUUUACCUCCACCAUGGCCAGGGUGGGCUCCAUGGCAGCGCCUGCUGUGCUGAUCCUGGAAGAGAUGCUGCCCGCUCUGCCCAGUAUGAUCUAUGGAGGUGCUGCUGUGGUGGCUGGCAUCAUCGCCUUCUUCCUCCCUGAAACCCUCAACAUCCCUCUUCCUGACACCACCGAGGAUGUGGAGGAGAAAUGGGCUAAAAAGAAACUGGGUGCAAAGGAACCGGCUAAAAAGGAGGCAAUGGCUCUUCGGGAGAUGAAGAAGGGAGCAGUUGAGGGGGAUGGGGAAAUCACGGGACUCAAUGCUCUGUGAGAAACAAUCAGAUCAGAAUAAUGCAGAAGAGGUGGUAUAAUUUUACUGUGUCGGCAAACGCUAGCAAACUGUAUACGCUGGGUAGCAAAUUAAAGACAGAUGCAUACAACUAUUUAGAGAACAAUAUUAUUUAAUUGAAACCAAAAUGGAAACAGAUUAGUACCGAAAAGUUGAUUGUGGUAUGCAGGAGAUACUGGUGUUUCUUUGCUAAGCCAUCAUUGUUCAAUUUGUGUUUGUCUGAUUGAUGUAUGGUUUCUUUGGCACAAGGUUGAAAUGAUCAACAGUGAUCCUGUUGACAACUGCUGCCUAUCUCAUAUCAUUUUACAGUUUGUCUCAGUUGUAACCAAAACACUUGGAAACCUUCACUUGUAUAUUCACUGUAUGUGUUUUUUUUUGUUACCUACAUUUUUUAUUCAAAAUGUAGAUAGAUAAUAAAUUAGACACUUUUACAUGACAUUUUAUGACUUUAACAUGCAGUCUAUGGUGAUUGUUUUUAUAACAUUUGCAACAUUGUGGAACUAUUUUUGAUUGGUCAUUAUAGAACAAGAUUUAGAACUUGAAAUGUGUUGGCUGUCUAGGGGCGGUAUUGUAGCUUAAUCAAAAAUAAACAGUAGGCCUGUGUGGUUCAGCAGUUGUUUUCUUGA